GUAGUAGAUUACGACAAUCCGGGGUGCGAACAGGGGGGAGUUAUUACGAUAGUCGAGCCGUGUCGAUCACCACUACACCUUCCUUAUCCGUUAAUAGCUCCUAUCUUCCAUGCAGCGCUCCGAUAUCAGAUGUUUAAUUCAGAAGGUAAUCUUCUUCUCUCGCUCCGAUCUCGUCUCUACAACAUCAACAACGUCUCUGCUCCCUCGUUUCGUCUUUAAACCAGCAAUCAUGGAACUCACCAAAUUUAUGGCUGCCCUGGCAGUUUUCCUGCCCAUCGUCUACGGUGCCCCAACUCAGGCCGCCAACAGCCUCCACCCAGCUAUCCUGGCUGCCAUGAAGCGUGACUUGGGACUUGACGCCGAGCAGGCCCACGUCCGUGUUGCCCGUGAACUCAAGGGUGUUGAGGUCAUUGAGCAGCUCCGCUCCGCCGCUGGCAACGCCUUCGGUGGUGCUUGGCUCGUUGAUGGCGAGGUCCACGUCGCUGUUACUGACGAGGCCUUGGCCUCCGAGGUGACCUCUGCUGGUGCUACGCCUCAGGUUGUCUCCAACAGCUUCUCCAAGCUUGAGGAGGCCAAGGAAGCACUUGACAAGCUCGAGAUCCCCCAGACUCUUGCUGAGAGCGAGGAGAAGACUGGAAUCGCCUCCUGGUACGUCGAUGUCGUUGCCAACAAGCUCGUCUUGGAGGCUCUCUCCGCCAGCAAAUCCCAAGCCGCAGAGCUUGCUAAGGAGGUUGGCCUCGUUGAAUCCGAGUUUGAGGUCCGCACCGUUGAGGAGCUUCCCACUCCCUUGGCCACAGUCCGUGGUGGCAACGCCUACUACAUCAACAACAGCGGCCGAUGCUCUGUUGGUUUCUCCGUCACCCCUGCCGGUUUCGUCUCCGCUGGUCACUGCGGCAGCCCCGGCAACACUGCUACCGUCAGCGCCGGAGGAGCCAACAUUGGAACCUUCUCUGGCUCUGUUUUCCCCGGAAACGACUACAGCUACAUUCGCGGCAGCAGCGGAAACACAUAUAGUGGAACCGUCAACAACUACAGCGGUGGAUCGAUCUCCAUCUCUGGCAGCACUGCUGGUGGCGUUGGAUCCAGCGUCUGCCGCUCUGGUUCCACCACUGGUGUCUACUGUGGUACCGUCCGCGCCCUUGGCGCCACCGUCAACUACUCCCAGGGAAGCGUUCGCGGUCUCACUCAGACCAACGUCUGCGCCGAGCCCGGUGACUCUGGAGGUUCCUGGUACUCUGGCUCCCAGGCCCAGGGUGUCACCUCUGGAGGAUCUGGUAACUGCAACAGCGGUGGCGUUACCUACUUCCAGCCCGUCAACCCCAUCCUCUCUGCCUACGGCCUCACUUUGGUCCGUGGUUAGAUAACAUUUUCUUUUGUCUUUGAUUACGUUGAGGGGAGAGAUUUUAUGAGCAGGGUACAAGACUUGUAUAUACUCUGCUGAAUGUGG